AAAAACCAAAAUGGCAUUAAUCAUUCAUCCUCCUCGGGGCACCGCGUUGGCUUGAAAGACUUGACUACCAUUCUCGAGUCUCCUCCGCCCGUCCCAAAAAAACAAACGAAAGGGAAACAGCUCCGAUCCUUUCCGUGUAUCCGCAGCAAACGCUAAAGACCCAGCCGCGCGAACUGCGCACUUGCACCUCUGUUAGCACAUCUCAUUCUGGGGCUGCUAUCGUGCGCACGUAGAAUCGAACACACACACACACACACACAGAAGAGAGAAAGAGAGAUUAAGUCAGUAGUGUGAGAGGAAGAGGAGGAAGAGCAUGGAAGAUCUCUACGUUUGGCUCAUCUCCUUCUUCUUCCUCAUAGCCUUACUUGCCCUGGUUGUUUUCCAGCUGAUGUGUCUAGCGGAUCUAGAGUUUGAUUAUAUCAACCCUUAUGACUCUUCAAACCGGAUAAACAGAGUGAUUCUGCCUGAGUAUAUUGCAGAAGGAGUUCUAGGUGCCUUCUUUCUUCUAACAGGGCAUUGGUGCAUGUCACUGUUUUGUGGUCCAUACCUCUACUAUAAUGUGAAACUGUAUAUGAGAAAGCAGCACCUGGUAGAUGUUACUGAGAUAUUCAAUAUGCUUCACAAAGAAAAGAAGAUCCGGCUUUUCAAACUCUUCUAUCUUGUUUUCCUCCUGUUUCUCUCGAUAUUCUGGAUGAUUCUAACUGCAUUGGAAGACCAUGAAUAAUGAGGGACAACAGCUGCCUUAACGGAUUGUCUGAAUGGUUGCCACUAAUUGCUGCUCCUUAUCAAGAUUGUUGCCACCAAAUCAUGACUGAUGUAGUUUGUGGGAGAUGGGUCAAGGGUUGUAUGAUUGUGUGGGAUGGUAAAUUCAUCGGUAUAGUCUGUGACAUUUUUUCAAACUUCUGUUAUAGCUGUAGUUUCAGGGAUUUAGGGUUGUGUUUUCUUGAUUCAGUAUUCAGACAUUGUGCUGUCUCAAAUAUAAAUCCGUGUUAAUGAACAACGGAUACGUGCAUGCAUUGCAAGCCCC